UUCCUCACUCCCUCAGGAAAUCAUUAUUCAUUCCUAACCAACAACACAACAUUUGAUUUCCUCUCAUCAAUUAUUAUCUCAUGGAGAUGGAGGGAGCACUAUCCAAUGGCCACGCUCAACCGACCUUUUGUCUCACCAAAACUCUUCCCGAUCCACUCAACUGGGGUGUCGCCGCUGACUCCAUGAAGGGUAGUCAUUUGGACGAGGUCAAGCGUAUGGUGGAAGAGUAUCGUAACCCCAUUGUUCGUAUUGGUGGCGAGACUCUCACCAUUGCUCAGGUUGCUGGAAUUGCCUCACAUGAUAGUGGUGUUCGUGUCGAGCUUUCCGAGUCUGCUAGGGCUGGUGUUAAGGCCAGUAGUGAUUGGGUCAUGGAUAGUAUGAACAAAGGCACUGAUAGCUAUGGUGUUACUACUGGUUUUGGUGCUACCUCUCACCGGAGAACCAAGCAGGGUGGUGCCUUGCAGAAGGAGCUAAUCAGGUUUUUGAACGCUGGAAUAUUUGGCAAUGGAACAGAAUCAAAUUGUACACUACCACACACAGCAACAAGAGCUGCAAUGCUAGUAAGAAUCAACACUCUUCUUCAAGGCUACUCAGGAAUCAGAUUUGAAAUUCUAGAAGCCAUAACCAAACUCCUUAACAACAACAUCACACCAUGUUUACCACUUCGUGGAACAAUCACAGCUUCUGGUGAUCUUGUUCCACUUUCAUACAUAGCUGGUUUACUAACCGGCCGACCGAACUCCAAAGCCGUCGGUCCAUCGGGUGAAAUUCUCAAUGCAAAAGAAGCUUUUGAACUCGCAAGCAUCGGUUCCGAGUUCUUUGAAUUGCAGCCUAAGGAAGGGCUAGCUCUUGUAAACGGAACCGCUGUUGGUUCCGGUUUAGCUUCGAUCGUUCUGUUCGAAGCUAACGUGCUAGCCCUUUUGUCUGAAGUUAUGUCAGCAAUAUUUGCUGAAGUUAUGCAAGGAAAACCAGAAUUCACUGAUCAUUUAACUCACAAAUUGAAGCAUCACCCUGGUCAAAUUGAAGCUGCUGCUAUAAUGGAACAUGUUUUAGAUGGAAGUGCUUAUGUUAAAGCAGCUAAGAAAUUGCAUGACACUGAUCCUUUGCAAAAGCCUAAACAAGAUCGUUAUGCACUUAGAACUUCACCUCAAUGGCUUGGUCCUUUGAUUGAAGUUAUAAGAUUUUCAACUAAGUCAAUUGAAAGAGAGAUUAAUUCUGUUAAUGAUAACCCUUUGAUUGAUGUUUCAAGAAACAAAGCUAUUCAUGGUGGUAACUUUCAAGGAACACCUAUUGGAGUUUCAAUGGAUAACACACGUUUAGCUCUUGCAUCAAUUGGUAAACUCAUGUUUGCUCAAUUCUCUGAACUUGUUAAUGAUUUUUACAAUAAUGGGUUGCCUUCAAAUCUUUCUGCUAGUAGGAAUCCAAGUUUGGAUUAUGGUUUCAAAGGUGCUGAAAUUGCAAUGGCUUCUUAUUGUUCUGAGUUGCAAUAUCUUGCUAACCCUGUCACUACACAUGUUCAAAGUGCUGAACAACAUAACCAAGAUGUUAACUCUUUGGGUUUGAUUUCAUCUAGAAAAACAAAUGAGGCUAUUGAGAUCUUAAAGUUGAUGUCUUCAACUUUCUUGAUUGCACUUUGUCAAGCAAUUGAUUUGAGGCAUUUGGAGGAGAAUUUGAAGAACACUGUGAAGAACACUGUGAGUCAAGUUGCGAAGAGGACGCUAACGACUGGCGUGAAUGGUGAACUACAUCCAUCCAGAUUUUGUGAGAAAGAUUUGCUCAAAGUUGUUGAUAGGGAGUAUGUUUUUGCAUAUGUUGAUGAUCCUUGUCUCUCUACAUACCCUUUGAUGCAAAAGUUGAGACAAGUGCUUGUAGAUCAUGCAUUGGUGAAUGUUGAUGGUGAGAAGAAUUUGAACACAUCAAUAUUUCAAAAGAUUGCAACUUUUGAGGAUGAGUUGAAGACCCUUUUGCCUAAAGAAGUUGAAAGUGCAAGAAUUGCUUAUGAGAAUGGACAAUGUGGAAUUCCAAACAAGAUUAAGGAGUGUAGGUCUUAUCCAUUGUACAAGUUUGUUAGAGAAGAGUUGGGAACAGAGUUGUUGACAGGGGAGAAAGUUAUAUCACCAGGUGAAGAGUGUGACAAAUUGUUUACAGCUAUGUGUCAAGGUAAAAUUGUUGAUCCUCUUUUGGAAUGUCUUGGAGAGUGGAAUGGUUCUCCUCUUCCAAUUUGUUAAAUUAGUACAAAUAAAUGUUUCUUUGGAAAAAAAAUGGUUUCUUUCUAUGUUUGUUUUUAGUUGUAUUGAGAAUCAAUUCGUUUAAGUUUUCCUUACUAAUGUUAAGGAACUUUUAAUCUGUUGUUGUAAUAGAAUUUCAUUUGUUCGCCACAGCUUUAAUUUGGGUGCAAAUAUCAUACAAGGUCAUUUAUGUAAAUGAUGUUUUUCUCAAUGAAUAAAUAAGGUUUCAGCCAUGAA